AUCAAAAGAAACGUUUCUUGGUGGACAGGUGGCACGAUGAGAUUAAUUUGAUAAAUUUUAUUUUGCAUUUCUCUUUCUCUUCGUGUGUUCUCUCUUCUCUCUCUCGCUCUGUCGACGAAAUCGGCGAUUCCGAUCGAAUUUUUUCUUCUCUUCCAAUUAAUUCCCACGUCUGAUUCUCCAUGGAUUCAGCGUCGAUUUGGUUCCGGUGAAACUCAAAUCGAGACCGCUCUCGAGAAAGCUGAACUUGUUACCAAGGAGAAAAAUAGAGCUGAUGUUGUUGCUAUGAACGCUGAGAUCCGCCGGACCAAGGGUCGAUUAUCGGAGGAAGUUGUAAAGUUGCAGAGACUUGCUGUCAAGAGGUAGCUUGGCUGAAGAAGUUAAAGAGUUUGUGGAGAAGCAAGUGAAACUGUCUGAUUCAGUGCUCAAAACUUGCGAAUCCAAGGGAAAGCUCCAUGAGAAAUUCACGAAAUUUAUUGACUACCCUCGUUACGGUACGCCCUUUAAGCGAGGGAACAAUUACUUUUACUUCCAUAACUCAGGUCUUCAAGCUCAGAGCGUGCUCUAUGUUAAGGAUGAUUUGGAUUCUGAAGCAGAGGUCUUGCUUGAUCCUAAUACUCUUAGAGCAUCUGCAUCGCCGUAUUUUCACACCGUCCGUCACAUUUUAUUUUUUUAAUUUAAAUCGAAAUUAACCAAAUAUUGAAGAAACGUAUCUACAAAACGGACGUAUUUUCGUCGGUCCUUCAUAACACGUGGCGGCGUGUUAUUUGUUUCUGUCGUUUGGGUAGGAUGAGACCAAAAAAAUCGUCGCCAAAAACUUAGCUCACCAAUUUUGCCGGAGAAGAUGCAGCAGAGAAAGCCGACGGCGGGAAGACCCAGUGGUACCGAUGGAUCCGAUUUCUCAUACCGCUCGUCUCCGUCCUUUGAUCUUUGUUCAGGUUGCAGACGCAGCAGAGUAAACCUUUUAAGGCUCUAUACGGCUGCAUCUAACAUUGUUAUGGUUCUUUCCGUGUUUUGUGCUGUUAGGAGCAGAUUAACAAUGGAGGAACGGGAUAGCUCGGGAACAACAGCGAAGCUUGAGCUUGCAGGGUUCAUUUGUGCUCAAUUAGGUUGUUACGGGUUCCCUUGUGAGUAACAUGUCUCCACCUACGAAAGCAACAUAGGGAGAAAGAGAAAUCGGGGUAGUGUCAGUGUGUGAUUCUCCUACAUGAAGAGAUUUGAAGGACCAAGUGAAGGACACCAAUGCUAAUACCAAGCUUAAGAAACUCUCAAAAUAAGAAUAAAAUAUUUGAAGGACCAAAUAUUGUCCUUCACCGAUGCACAUGCCCUUAGUGAUGAUGGAACUGUUUCUUUAAACACUUACUGUAUCAGUGAGGAUGCCAAGUAUUUGGCUUAUGGUCUUAGCUCUAGUGGUAGUGAUUGGGUUACAAUCAAAGUGAUGAAGAUUAAAGAUAAGAAAGUGGAGCCUGAUACUUUAUCUUGGGUUAAGUUUAGUGGAAUUACAUGGACAAAUGAUGGGAAAGGCUUUUUCUAUAGUCGCUACCCUGCUCCACUGUGAGUCUUUUGUUUUAACCGAAGAGCUUGCUGCGAGAAAUGAUUUGGUGCUUGCACUUCCGGCAAGGAUUGAAGCCAUACUUGAUGGCACUGCGUUUCUUCUUUCCUUUUUAUUAUUAAAAAUUGCAUUAAAAAACAACUAAGAAACACAAUAAUGAAGAUAGUCUAACACAGCUAGCUGUGGGAAUGACUAAAACACCCAUGUCACAUUUAUGACAACAACUAUAAAAUCAAGGUCAUUACAGUAUUUUCCAAACUCUUCCCAAUCUCGAUAGCUUCAUCGUUUUUUUUUUGUCAAUCACUUCAUCGUACUGGUCGGCACAAUUGAAAUUGAAGUUGUUCUCUUCUCUUCCUUAAACUACAAGGGCAAAAGAGUGUAUAAUCUUGAGAUGGGAUCCAGGGACCAAAAAGUAAAAUGGAGCUGGAGCUCAGCCUUAAUCGGAGCAGUAUCAGCAACAGCAGCGGCCUCACUCCUCAGCGCCAAGCCAAAAGAUCCAACGUUCCACCUUAUCUCCAUAGACCUCACCUCACUGAAAUUUAACCUCCCUAUCCUCGACGCAGAGCUAAUGCUUACCGUACACGUCACUAACCCUAACAUCGCACCCAUCCAUUACUCCUCCACCACCAUGACGAUCCUCUACGAUGGCACGGUUCUUGGCUCGGCAGAGGUCAAGGCUGGCUCGCAGCCGGCGAGAUCUUGUCAGCUACUCCGGCUACCGGCGCGUCUUAACGGGAUGGAGCUUGCGCAACACGCGCGGCAGUUCUUUUCUGACGUGGCGAAGAGAGAGAUGAAACUUGAGGCUAAGCUUACGAUUGAAGGAGCGGCUAAGGUUAUGUGGUGGGAUCAUAGUUUUAGGGUCCACGUGGAUAGUUUCGUUACCGUUGAUCCUGUCUUUCUUGAUGUUAUUGGUCAAGAGAAUAAGUCUCAGAUGGAUCUGUUUCUUACUUGAACUUAAUUUAAUUGUACCAUUUUUA